GCCGUUGCCUCUUCCUAAACUGUUUUAAAUUCAAAAAUUCUCCAGCUUUAUAGCCGUUGCCACUGCGGAUCCUCUCGAAGCCAGGAACGAAACAAAAGAAAGGUGGGGCCGGUUAAGAGAGGUUAGCUGCACAGCAACCCCUCAGCUCCAUCAAACGUCACCAUUUUCAUCCCAUAUCUGUCAUCUUGAACAAAUCAAUAUAUCCUUCUUCUCUGGCAGAGAAAAUAAAACCCUAAGAGAUGAAGACAAUGAAGGGAGGAAUCUUGAAUAAGCUCAGAUCCGUCCCUCAAAUGCAGCUGAAACAGGGCCGCAUUCUCCAACUCAAGGCCUCCGAUGGCUUCUUCUUCAAUUCUACUCCUCUGCCCAGCUCCCGUCUGCUAGAUUGCAGGGAAGAUCAGCCUCAGAUCAUCGAUGCAGCUGAGUUGAUGAGAGAUCUUGACGAUGUGGAGGAUAAAGAAAACAUCAAACCUGCAUCAACAACAAUGAGGAGUCCGCUACCAUGGAGGAAGCAGAAUGAUGACGAGCACAAUCACAAAUUCCACCCUUACCGCCGCCCUGAUCUCAAUUCUCCAACCCUAUUUGACCCCAACCUCCUCGCUGCCUUCGAGCAGGCGGCGAAGGACUACUUAAGAAUCUUUGAACUAUUGAAGCAAUUCGAAAAAGAAGAACAAGAAAAGAAAGAAGAGGUAGAGCCUCCAUUAAAGAUCCCGAAAAUCCGUUAUGUAUUGAAUGAAUUUGAGGAAAAAUGCCCACCCGGAGGCUCUGGAGCUGUGAUUCUUUAUUCGACAUCUCUUCGAGGAGUAAGAAAGACAUUCGAGGGCUGUAGUGCUAUCAGGUUCCUGUUGGAGAGCUCCAAGGUGUUGUUCUAUGAAAGGGAUGUGGCGAUGCACAGAGAGUUCAAGGAGGAGUUGAGAAGACUGCUGGGCUUUGGGGCAAUCCCGCCAAGGUUAUUUGUUGACGGGAGAGACAUCGGAGGGGCUGAGGAAGUGCUGGGGCUGCAUGAGCAAGGAAAACUGAUGCCAGUCCUGCAAGAGAUGCCGAGGGACCAGAGCGGCGGACUACCAUGCUGGAGGUGCGGCGGAAUAAAGUUCUUGGUAUGCGAGUGGUGCGAUGGCGGUCGAAAGAUGUAUGAUGAGGGAGGCGGAGCUUGGAGGAAUUGUAGUUUGUGCAAUGAAAAUGGUUUGAUUGUUUGUCACAUUUGUUGCUGUUGAGUGAUUGGGGCUGGUGUCAAAGAUUGGGGAGGGUUGAUUGUUUAUUUCAUUUGUUAUUUGUUAAAAUAUAAAUGGAUGUGGAGAUAAUUUAUGGAACUUACAUUUGUAACGAUAAGGUCCGAGCGACUUUUGCUAACUCUAGCUCUGACUUUGCACUAAUACAAGCUUAGGUAUGAUAAUAAUAAUAAUAAUAAGACAACA